AUGGAUGGAUGGAUAGAUGUCCAUCUAUGGUAUUAUGACUACACUAUUUGUUCUUUCCUUCGCUGUGCGUUUACCAGGCUCGGGGGCCUCGCCGGCGACACCGAGAACUCCGAGGGGCCCGUCACCGUCCUGGAGGAGCCCACAAGCCGAGACAAGGACGGCAAAGGCCAAAAGGAAGGGAAGGACAAGGGCCCUUUCACAGAGAAGCCGGGCAAAGGGAAAGGCAAGGAGGGCAAGGGCGAGGGCAAAGGCGAAGGCAAAAGCCUGGAGAGCGAAAGCGGCUGGAGUUGCGAUGCCGAGAAGCUGCUUCGAUUGGUGAAGCGCCUGGGCCCCCGAAACCCCAACCUCUGCUCCAGUGCCUUCCUGAAAUCCUUCUUCCACGACCUCCGCCUCCCCCAGCUCCGCAUCAGCCAGCUCGGAGAGGAGCUGCUGGGCUUCUCUCAGCUCACGUCCCUGGACGUUUCCCGGAACUCCCUGGCGGACCUCCCCUACCUGCCGCC